CAAGUCAGUGGUGACUUGGCAGCUCUGUUCUCAGCGGGUGCUGGAGGCAGAGGUGCCUUUUGCCUGUUGCUGAAGCACCCAGUGCUCAGUACAUGACACUGUGGGUGUCAGGGGAAAGCAGCGCCUGGUGAAAGGGACACUCUUGUUUCGUCUCAGAGAAAUCUGAAAGGGGAAAACCAUGAAUCAGUGAUCUUGUACUUUUAUCUUGGCUUCCCAAAUCACCCUGUUCUUGCCAGGCUCUGCUGCCGCCAGGAGAGAUGAGAUGGCUUUUGCUUUAGGUACAAUGACUGUGAAGAACAUCCUGCAGGCUGGUGCUGGCUGCAGUCCAUGCGGGAUCGAUGCAGAGCUUUCUCCUGGAGUCCACGGAUGGCUGUGAAUGGCAUCAGUGUAUCUCUGAUUGUCUUCGUGGGUUACUAAACCCUGGACAUGGUUUCCCUCUGUGUUGGAGUGUGGAUUGUGCAUUUACCCUGUGAAGCUACAAGGAUUCAGUGGGCAUUGCAUGGAUUAUCACAUGGAUAAGGAGCAACAGAUUUCUGUGGUCCCGGGCCUCUUCUCCAGCAGAAGGCUGAAUGUAACACUGGCACAAUUGCUGCAUUGCUCUUGCUGUCUUUAGGGCUUGGCUUCUCCUCAAGCUUCUUCCUGCAAUCAUCUGACUUUAGCACCUGGAAGAUGUGGCUGUGUGCCAGAAGAAAACCCAGUUGUCCAGUGCUGGGCACAACGAGAGUGGAAUUAUUGAUACAAACUGUUCUUAAUUGUCCCUGUAAUAUACUGAACCUGAACUUUGGAUCCCUUUUGUCCUUUUGCAUCCUCCUAACUCACUUCUGCUGAGGAGGAGCUGCUCCAUUUCACUCUGUGGUUGGGAUGUGCCGACAGGAGCCUGCAGUGCUGCCUGUGCAGUUGCCAGGACGUGAUCUGUACAAAAGCAGGUGUAUUUUAGAGCAGAGCUUUGGUUGGGGUGCGAGCAGAUGCACUCAGGGGUGUUCCAGCAGCGUUGUGCUGUCCUGCAGGGCUGGCUGCAGCUCUGCACCAGCCGAGGCUGCAGAACUGGACCUGCAGCUUUGCUGGGAUUUGUGUCAAAGGCUCCUCAUAGGCAUGGGGGUGGUUUUAUGGGGUGGUGUGAUCUGCAGCUACCUGUGCCCUCUGCUCUCCCCUCUCCCAGGGCAUGUGUUUGCAGCAUGUCCUUAGUGAUCAGAAAGGUGUUCACAGUCUUGAUGGUGCUUGCUUCACACUGGAGGUGCUGGAGGAAUGGAUAUUUAGGUUACCUUUGAAAUGCUGUGGAUUAUACAGAUGCCCCUGUCAGGAAGGUGACAUCCUGGUUGUCCAGGAGAAGUGUUCAGAUGACCAGAGGAAUGCAAUGCUGGUUCCUUUAUGCUGUGAUCUGUUAGGGCACUUCACUGUCCUUCCUGGUGCUGGGUGAGUGACCUCUCAUCAGGAACGGUGCUCACCUCACUGUUUGGAAGUGUUCAGACUGAUUUUCUUUUUACUGUGGCCCAUAAUUGUGAGUUCAGAGCUUUGCACCUUUGGUUUGCAAAGAUCUUGGAGAGAUGAAAAGCAACCUAAGAACCCGGCACCUUUUUCUCUCUUAAUUUUCAAGGUGUGACAUACAACCCUGAUGUGCUCCUUGUUUUAUCCAUAGGUUGUCUACCAUAAAGAAAUGGUAGGGGGGAGUGAUGCAUAAAAACCACCCUUUUCACCCCAUAAUCAGGUUAUUCUACGUAUCUACAUCUGAGUUCUAAAGGAGUGUGCCAGGUUUGACCCAUCGCUUGCAUACUGCUGGCAGGAUGGCCUCCCUGCAUGAGCACUCCCAUCGCCUGCAUUUCUCUGCAAUACUUUAGAACAUUUUAGCUGCAGUGAAAAACCUUUGUGCCAAAGUGAGUGAGCUGAUUCUGACACCAAAUGUGGCUGGGGGAGUGUGUGCUCUGCUGGAGCCCAAGGGAAAUGGGAAUGAGAGAGAGCGGCCAACACCUCUGCUUGAGGGGAGCCCUUGGAGGAACCCACUCCUGCAGUGGGACUCUGCUCUUCCACAUGUCCCAGGCUGGGGUGGCAGCCGGUGGCUGAGUGGGUGCCCCUGCCAAGAUCUCUCCCAGGAGCCCACACUUUAGUCCUUCCUAAAGCUGUAUCUAAAUCCUCCUGUAUUUGUAACCCUGUGUCUGAUCGGAUCUGGGAACACUGGUCUAGAAAACUGGGAGACAUUUCUAACACUGCUGCUGGGACAGAGUUGCUGCCACCAGAGGUUUUGUCUUCACUGAGCUCAGUUGUGUGUGAGGUGUCCCUGCCCAUGGCAGGGGGGUUGGAACUGAGUGAUCUUAAGGUCCUUUCCAACCCUAACUAUACUAUGAUCACACUCUGUCCCCAGCCAGGUUCUCCCAGGCUGCCCAUCUGACCCAUGCAUUCCAAAUAGCAAUUUCUCAGCUCUUUUCAUAGCCAGUGCUUCUAAGCAGCCUUCCUCUCUGCAGCAGAUGCCUUAAACCAGGCCCUCUUCUGGCUCUCCUUCCCUUUUCUUAUUGUAUCAAAGGAGUGUAUAGAGGCAAGUGGGAGUAUUGCUUUAGGAUGACAGUGAAUGCUGUGGUGUAGAGGGAGGCAAGAAGGUGAGAGUGGCCCUGGGAGAAGACAGCAACAGGCAGUGAGCAGCUUCCCUCCAUGGCUUGUGAAUGUUCCAUGUUCAGUCUGUCAUUUACUAUCCAUGCCUGUGUCUCCUUGCAGGAAUGGAUAACCAGACAGUGCUGGCUGUGCAGUCCUUAUUGGAUGGUCAAGGAGGUGUGGCGGAUCCAUCUGCUCAGAAUGUCAACUCCUCUGCUGCCAUCCAGUCCAUGGAUGAUGAAGACGUGUUCCUCUGUGGGAAGUGUAAGAAGCAGUUCAACUCACUGCCUGCCUUCAUGACCCACAAGAGAGAGCAGUGCCAGGGCAAUGCCCCUUCCCUCUCCACUGUCUCGCUGGCCACCAACAGCGUGUACAGCCCGUCCAUCACGUCGGUGCAGCAGGCUCCGGGUGCCAGCCGGCAGCAAAUUUCCACAUACAUCACAGUUCCCCCAUCACCUUUGAUCCAGACGCUGGUGCAGGGGAACAUCUUGGUCAGUGAUGAGGUGCUCAUGUCGGCUAUGUCUGCAUUCACAUCCUUGGACCAGCCCAUGCCGCCAGUGCAGCCCCCGGCGCAGAGCAGCCUGGGUAUGCACGCUGGGGCUGGUUACCUGUCCCAGCCGCCUCCCCCGCCACCACCACCACCACCUCCACCUCCUCAGCCUCCACCUCCUCCUCCCCCGAGCCUGGGGGCUCCAGGGCCACCCGGCAGCGGCGUGGUGGAGGUGUACAGUGCACCGGCUCCUAUGGCAGCAAACAGCACGGUGGAGAUGCAGGGCCUGGGCAUGCAGCCCUAUCCGCCCAUGGAGGUACCCGGCCAGUGCGUGGACAGUCCUGUGUACCCCUCUCCUCCUGUGUACAGCCCUGGGAAGCAAGGGUUCAAGCCCAAGAACACUCCCACCCCUCUGGCCAGUGCAGGAGGCAGCGUGGUUGGGUUUGAUUCCACCUCUGCUGUCAAAAGUCGGCGCUGCAAGAGCGAGGCUGGGCUGCAGGAAGGCAAGCCCAAGUCCCCCAAGCUGAAAUGUACUUACUGUGACAAGGCCUUUACCAAGAACUUCGACCUGCAGCAGCACAUCAGGAGCCACACAGGUGAGAAGCCUUUUCAGUGCAUCGUGUGUGGCCGAGCCUUUGCCCAGAAGUCCAACGUGAAGAAGCACAUGCAAACCCACAAAGUGUGGCCUCCAGGCCUGGGCUGCACCAUCUCCCGCAACUCCAUCACGGUGCAGGUCAUGGCCUUGAAUCCCAACCAGCCUGAGGAUGAGGAGAACACAGGUCUGACUCAGCCCUCGAGGAAUGCUCCACCACCACCCCAAGACAUGAGCCCCCUGGAUGAGAGUGAGGGGAGCAAACUGGAGGCCAAGCAGGUUGUGUUGAUCGACAGCUCUUAUCAGUGCCAGUUCUGCCCCAGCAAAUUCAACACCUAUUUCCAGCUCAAAUCACACAUGACACAGCACAAGAAUGAGCAGGUGUACAAAUGCGUGGUGAAGACCUGUGCUCAGACCUUCCAGAAGCUGGAGUCCUUCCUUGAGCACAUCAAGAGCCACCAGGAGGAGCUGAGUUACCGCUGCCACCUCUGCAGCAAGGACUUCCCCUCCCUGUAUGAGCUGGGUGUGCACCAGUACUCCCACAGCCUCCUGCCCCAGCACAGCCCCAAGAAGGACGUGGCCGUGUACAAAUGUGUCAAGUGUGUAAAUAAGUACUCAACCCCGGAGGCGCUGGAGCACCAUCUGCAGACAGCAACGCACAACUUCCCCUGCCCUCACUGCCAGAAGGUGUUCCCCUGUGAGAGGUACCUGCGGCGCCACAUCCCUACGCACGGCGGUGGCAGCAAGUUCAAGUGCCAGAUCUGCAAGAAGUUCUUCCGCCGGGAGCACUACCUCAAGCUGCAUGCCCACAUCCACUCCGGUGAAAAGCCCUUCAAGUGCUCAGUGUGUGAUGCAGCUUUCAACCGGAAAGACAAACUCAAGCGACACAUGCUGAUCCAUGAGCCCUUCAAGAAAUACAAAUGUCCCUUCUCAAGCCACAUGGGCUGCAAUAAGGAGUUCAACAGGCCUGACAAGCUGAAGGCUCACAUCCUGUCCCAUUCAGGGAUGAAGAUCCACAAGUGCCAGUACUGUAACAAGUCCUUCAGCCGCCGAGCUCACAUGAUGGAGCAUCAGCGCUCACACACCGGCAACUACAAGUACCGCUGCCCUACCUGCAGCAAGGGCUUCACCCGCCACAAGUACAUGAAGGACCACAAGUGCCGCCUGGGCUCCCCCAAGGACAAGGACCUGCAGCUCAGGAAGCCCCAGAAGAAGCGGGUGGCUCGGGGGCGCAAGGCAGGCCUGUCCCUCCCCAGCCCGCUGGGGCUGGCAGAGCUGAAGGAUGGGGCUGUUGGGGAAAGCCUCCCUGAGGGUGGCCCGAACAAAGAACCCUUCCAGGAGUCAGACGCUGUCCUGUCCAUCGUGGUUGGGGGGUCAGGAGCUGCUGACUCAGACCUCGUUGUUCCUGGACAGCCCAGCAGCAUCACGUCCAAUUUGGCCCUAGCAGAACUGCAGGCUGCCUCGGACAGUCCCUGCACCAUGCUGGCUGUCCCUGUGUACAUCCAGACAACAGAGUGACAGUGCACAGAGCCACUGUGUGGCUGAGGGCUGCUGCUGGGACUGUCACACUUGGUGCUGAAAUUUAUCCCAGUGGAAAAGACCAAAGCUCUUGUGGGGAGGUAGAUUGAUAUGGGAGAGAACAGCUUUCCUUUCCACUUGUUCUUCCCAUCCUUGGGUAGAGGGCUACUUGGAAGCCACCAAUGGCUACAAGGCACUGAAGAGAAUGGCUCCAUUUCUUGUCCAUUUGUGUCAGCUUAGGGCAAGAAAGACCAAGAUCCCUGAAUCAGGGUAAGGAGGAGCAUGCAAGUGUGCACCAAACAGAGCUGCUGAAAUGGGUUGGCUUUGCAAAUCACAGCCUAUCCCAUCUGUGUUUUUUCUGGCCUAAAAGUUGUAUUGCCCAGUAUUUGGGUGGCCUUUCCCAGAGCAAACUAUUGAUCCUUCCUAGUGGAAGCAAGUUGAUCUUGAUAUCCUUUGGGAACACUGUUCAGAAAUACCCUGACAGACUUAUCUUUGGUAUCUUUCUCCUCUGUCUCCAUCAGCAGAAAGAUCACCUUGUCUGUACAUGUGUUAUAAACACCGUGGACCUCA